AUGUUUCUCUCACGCCCUGCCCUUGCUGCCGCACGCAGAGCGGCAGUCAAUCCUAUAGUCAAACGUAGCUUCACAAGCUCCAUUGUGCGCAGAGAAGCCGCCCCCUCACCCCCUAGCGGAGCCAACGAGAACAAGCUGAAGAAGUUCCAAGAUAUCAAGACCGAGGCCGACCUGUUCGGUCCCGGAGCCGCGCCAGGAACCGUUCCCACCGAUCUCGAGCAGGCCACUGGUUUAGAACGACUAGAAAUAUUGGGAAAGAUGCAAGGCAUUGACAUCUUCGAUAUGAAGCCAUUGGAUGCCUCCCGACUAGGCACGCUCGACAACCCAAUUAUGGUCAAGUCAUUCGGCGACGAGCAAUACGCCGGUUGCACUGGGUUCCCUGCCGACUCCCACAACGUCAUCUGGCUCACGAUGACUCGGGAACGCCCUGUCGAGAGAUGUCCAGAGUGCGGCAACGUGCUGAAGAUGGAGUACGUUGGCCCACAAGACGAUCCCCAUGCCCACGGACACGACCACCAUGCCAAGUACGAGGAGCCAAAGACCUUCGCCGACUAUGUCCGCCCUGAAUACAGAUAG